ACCGAUAGUUUAAAACUGGGGGGAAAAACCGAAUUGCUCAGGGUUUUGGGAUAUUUUGAAUUUUCCAUAACUAUUUUUGAAUUUCCCCCAUCCCUGGCAAGCAAUCGAUAACGUUGGCAAUCGGAUCAGCCCUAGCACGGUUAUCGUUAUUGCUGUCAGCGCAUUUAUCUCAAAACAUUCGAAUUGAGCGAAGUCUGAAAAAUAACUGAAGGAACUUAAACUGCUUAGUCAUGCAUCCGCAACCCAAUGGUCAUCCCAAUCCCAAUCCCAGCAAGGUGGACGCCGAGAACAGCCUAGAUCUGGCGUCCAGCAGCAUUGAUGAAUUGGACGAGACCAUCCAGAAUCUGAUGCUUGAGCUGGAGAGCGAAUCGGAAGUGACAAAUGUGGCGUUUGAGGCCCUCAGAGCGCGCAUCAUAGAACUGCUGCAUGAGUACGAGGAUGAAAUGGCCGAGGAGAAGGCGCUGCGCGCGGAACUCCGCGAUCUGGAGGAACUGCAGAGUCAGAUGGAUCUGGAAGAUUUUCAGGAUGAAACAAUGAAUAAAUAAUGUACCGGAGGCGUGCUGCUGUUAA